AGGUAUGGCAGCGUCCUUAAAACUUGCAUUCGUUGAAAAGUUCGGAUAGAAUAUUUCUCGUUGGAAAAGUCUAAACUUUUAUUUUAUUCCGAUAAGAAAUUUGCUUUAAAAACAACAAAAAGUGGUUGAAGUGCUAAAGUGGGAAGGGAAGAUUUGUGUAAAUAAAAUUGAAGUGCAAAUGUGCAGACUCAAUAGUAAUAAAUGCAGAAGUAAAGUAUAUAUAAAUUUUCUGAAAGUGAAAUGACCAUUUGAGAAGACAAGAACUUGGACUUCGACGACGAAGGUGGUGGCGGCGGCCAUUAAAGAAUUCGUGAGAUGUGUUAAUUCGUUGAGGAAUCAUCGGUUUUCGUUUAAACAAGAGCAACGUCAGCAGAGGGGAGUGGUGUCUGCUAGUGCUGCCAGAUGUAGCAGCGUUGGAUUGAACGAUCGAAUGAAAUCUUAUUGGAUUUUUUCAGUUGUCAUCCGAUUGGAAAUUUUGCGGAUUCAGCUUUUUGCGCGUGCUAGAAUCCAAGCGGAAUUGCACCCAUACAGAAUUAGAAACUUGCAACCUAUAAAUAUAAACAGAUACAUAUGUGCAUAGAUUCUACAAUACCUGUUAAUUGCAAGAUAAAAAAAUAUUAAUAUUUUAAAUCAAUGAAAGUGCUGUACACUUGAAAUACCUUUGAAGAUGUUCGCCAUGCAGAAUUGGAUUGUGUGGUGUUUGGAAAAUGAAUAGUGAACAUGCAACAGCAAAAGCAAAUGCUGGUGAGUCAGCGAAAGCCACAAUUACUGUAGCAACUGCGAAUGAAUUGAAUCGGCAAUAUCAACAACAUCAGCAACAACAACAACAACAACAGCAGCAGCAGCAACAACAUCAGCAGCAUCAGCGGCAUUCACCACAGCAACAUAACGAUUCACAACAUUUGCAGCAACUGCAAUUACAACAACAACAACCUCAGAAUCAUCUGAACGAGCCACAGCCACAACUGGUACCAAGGCAACAAGCAGCAGCACAACAACAUUUACAUCAGCAACAGCAGAGAGAUUUAAUGGCGUUGAACGGAGGUGGUGGUGGUGGAAGCGGCGGUGGCGGCUCCGGCAACGUCACAGGCACAACUCCCCCUACCGUAGCUGGUGGUGGCACCGUCGCUAGUGGAGGUGGUGUCGUUGGCGUUGCAGGCAAUACUUUAAUUCCGCUUGCAGUUCCUGCGCAGCAUCAGCCGGUUUCAAUUGCAACUGUGACAGCAGCCGCCAUUGCCGCUGCAGCAGCAGGGGUAGGAAUGACUUCCACUAUGGCCACAACGACUCCUGUAACUGUAGGUGGGCUAAGCGUGAGUGUUACGAAUCCUGCUGCGGGCGCUACGGGUAACGUUACUGACUCAAAAUUAGCGCAGUCGUCAUUGCAACAGCAGCAGCAACAACACCAACAACAGCAGCAACAGACACUAAGCUUAACUGGUGGCACCACAGUCACAGCAGCCUCCACAACAACUGCACUAAUACCAAAUGCACCAAACUUGAGCAAAUAUUGGGUAGUUUCGAAUGGGCAAGCGCUUCCUUAUAACAUUUUACCUAACGGUACAAUAAUCACACCGCAUCAGCGACAGCCAACAGCAACUGAGCAACAUACGCAUCCUCAACAACAGGUUCAGCAGCAGCAGCAACAACAACAACAACAACCACAGCAACAAACAAAUGCGUUGCAAAUACAUGCUGCAUUAAACCAAAAUGAUGACAAUCGACAACAACAGCAGCAUGUUUCACAACAGCAACAUGUAGCCGCCGCAGUGCAGCAGGCCCAGCAACCUCAACAGCAGCAACAGCAGCAACAACAAUUAUUACAACGAGAAAAUAUUAAAGAGGAGAAACCAUUUUCAGACAACGGAAAGUUAAAUCAAUCAAUUGUUAUGCAACACGUAAGCGCAGCGGCGUCGUCCGCACCGACGACGUCUGGCGCCACCACCAUUACUUUGGGUGCACCGAAAACCGAAAUAAAAGAGGAUGUUGGAAUGGGCAAACCGCCCCCUGGCAUUGAAAUGUAUAAAGUUAACAUUGAGGACAUCUCACAGCUUUUCACCUAUCACGAAGUUUUUGGUAAAAUUCAUGGCGAUGUCAUGAAUCAGCAAUUGGCCGCACAUGCAGUGCCCAAUGCUGCGCCGCCACCAACACAUGGUAAUGCGAGCAACAAUGCUGCAGUUGCGGCCGUAGUUGCUAGCGCUAAUGCUGCUGCCGCUGCAGCAGCUGCGGCUGCGGCGGCCGCAAAUACAACAAGUGGUGGUGUGGUGGCGCCCACAACAACGACCAAUCUAACGACGGCAAUCAGUACCAGUGGCACAACAACUGCGCCAGCCACCGCUGUAACAGCAACUCCCACAGUGACCGGCGAAUUGUUGAUGCCAAAAAUGGAGGGUGGCCUGCCGGUUGUGGAUCAAACGACAACAAUCACCCUCGCCCCCGAUGGCACACCUAUCGCUACCGGCACGCAUGUCUGCGACAUUUGUGGCAAAAUAUUCCAAUUUCGCUACCAAUUGAUCGUGCAUCGACGAUAUCACAGCGAACGUAAACCAUUCAAUUGUCAGGUGUGUGGUCAGGGUUUCACCACCUCGCAGGAUUUGACGCGGCACGGCAAGAUACACAUCGGUGGACCGAUGUUUACGUGCAUCGUUUGUUUCAAUGUAUUCGCCAACAAUGCCAGUCUCGAACGUCAUAUGAAACGACAUUCAACCGAUAAGCCAUUCGCAUGCACGAUCUGUCAGAAGACUUUUGCACGCAAAGAACAUUUGGAUAAUCAUUUUCGUUCGCAUACGGGCGAGACGCCGUUCCGGUGCCAGUAUUGUGCUAAGACUUUCACACGCAAAGAACACAUGGUGAAUCAUGUGCGUAAACACACGGGUGAGACGCCACAUCGUUGCGAUAUUUGUAAGAAGUCCUUUACGCGCAAGGAACACUAUGUCAACCACUACAUGUGGCACACUGGUCAAACACCACAUCAGUGUGAUGUAUGUGGCAAGAAAUAUACGCGCAAAGAGCACCUAGCCAAUCAUAUGCGUUCACACACUAAUGACACACCAUUCAGAUGUGAGAUUUGCGGCAAGAGUUUCAGUCGCAAGGAGCACUUCACCAAUCACAUUCUCUGGCAUACAGGCGAAACUCCCCAUCGCUGCGAUUUUUGUUCGAAAACGUUUACACGCAAGGAGCAUUUGUUGAAUCAUGUACGCCAACAUACCGGCGAAUCGCCUCAUCGUUGCACCUAUUGUUUGAAAACGUUCACACGUAAGGAACACCUAGUGAACCACAUACGUCAGCACACCGGUGAAACGCCGUUUAAAUGCACCUACUGCACGAAGGCAUUUACGCGUAAAGAUCACAUGGUGAAUCAUAUAAGGCAGCAUACCGGCGAAUCCCCGCACAAGUGCACAUAUUGCACAAAAACAUUCACACGUAAAGAGCAUCUCGUGAAUCAUGUACGCCAGCAUACUGGCGAAUCACCACAUCGCUGCAGCUACUGUAAGAAGACAUUUACCCGGAAGGAACAUUUGACGAAUCAUGUGCGAUUGCAUACGGGCGAUUCGCCGCACAAAUGUGAAUACUGUCAGAAGACAUUCACGCGUAAGGAGCAUCUAAACAAUCAUAUGCGUCAGCACUCCAGCGACAAUCCGCAUUGUUGCAAUGUUUGCAAUAAGCCAUUCACACGCAAGGAGCAUCUGAUUAAUCACAUGUCACGUUGCCACACUGGCGAUCGUCCCUUCGCUUGCGAAACUUGUGGCAAAUCGUUUCCGCUCAAAGGAAAUCUGCUGUUUCAUCAACGCAGUCACACCAAGGGCCAAGAAUGCGAACGUCCGUUUUCAUGCGAGAAAUGUCCCAAAAACUUUAUAUGCAAGGGUCAUCUUGUCUCGCACAUGCGUUCGCACUCGGGUGAAAAACCACACGCCUGCACUCUGUGCAGCAAAGCUUUUGUGGAGCGGGGCAAUUUGAAGCGUCACAUGAAGAUGAACCAUCCUGAUGCGGUAAUGCCACCACCGCCACAGCCGCAUCCACAAAUCCCAGCCGGUAUAUUGACGUCGGUCAAAGAGGAAAUCAAACCAAUAUUUCUUCCUCAUCAAACACCAACAAUGCACACCAUCCAACAGAUUACAUCGGGCGCUGCAGCCGCAAAUGCCGUACAGUUGGCGCCCAGUCUUGUGCCGUUGGUUACCUCAACGAUUACAUCGCACAACAGCCAGAAACCACAGCAACAACAGCAGCAGCAGCAACAACAACAACAACAACAGCAGCAGCAGCAACAGGCACAUCAACAACACCAACAACAAGUGCAACAACAACAGCAGCAGCAAGUGCAGCAACAGCAACAGCAGCAUCAACAACAAUUACAACAACAGCAACUGUUGCAAUUAUCGAUACAACAUCAACAACAGGAACAACAUCGCCAACAUCAGCAACAGCAACAGCAGCAAGCACAUCACCAACAAACACAAGCGCAGGCGCAACAGCAAACGCAUGCGCCACAACCACAAGCGCAGCCACAGCCGCAGCAGCCACCAUCGGUGCCUAUCGCACUAAUACAAACCGAUCCGAGCGUUUUGGCGCGCGCAGCCAUGCAAUUGCAGCACCUGCCAGCUAAUGUUGAGCAGCAUCCGGUGGUUUACUAACAGCAGCAUAAUUUCGCACAUUGGUGAGGCGCGUUAACGGCAGCGUUCAAUAAUAAUAACAACAACAACAACAGCGUUGAUGAAAUUGGUGAUUGCGAUAGAACGGUGCUGAGAUAAAUGCGCGCAAGGCUACAGCUGGUUAAUGCAAUUUCGACUGGUGCUUGGGUAAUGCAGCUGGGUAAUACAACUCGUGGUUAUCGCAAAUGCAGGAGAAGAAAAGCUAUAAAUUAAGAAUGAAAGUUGUAGCAAGUUUGAAGGCAAACAGAAGAACGAAAUAGAGCAAAAAGAAGUAUAAUUUUCUGCACGUAUUUCUAAGUUAAUAGUUUUAGUCGUUUAUUUUACUAUUAACAGUAAGUGCUACAUUAUUGCACGUACAAAAUUAGUAUGCUGCAACUUCUAACUAACAUAUUGACUACAAGAAACGUAGAGUAUGCAAUUAUAAAUACCGUAAUAAUUUUUAAAAAUUAGGCAAACUUGCAUAAAAUAAUUAACACUUUAAUGAAAUUCGAUACGCUGUUUGCUGCUUGGAUUAAGCCUGGCUUAGUGAGUUACUUCUUCCUGCAUUUGUCCUCUUCACGCUAACAGAGUGCAAUCUUCUGUGAAACUUUUUUUUACCAAGCUUUACAUUUUCAAUUUUACUCUUUCGUGCGGUUACUUUGCAUUCAAAGUAUCUCGAAUAGUAGUUUUGUGCAAUAUUGAAAAGAAUUUUCUAAACCGCUACUUUUAAAAUAGCGACAUUUAAUUUAACAUAACCAGUGUAUUUUCAUGCUCACUAACGCAUACUUAUGCUAAGCGGCGCAACAGCGUGUUUGGGUAAAAGCGAUUGGGUGGGGUAGGUAACAAAAGUAGAAAAUCUGCACUGAAAUUGCAGCGUUCAAAAACAAAGAAAAUUUAAAAGCAAAAAAAGCAAAUUCAAAAUUUUGUAAAUUGUAAAUAAUAUUUUAUUUUUGUUAUUGUAAAAUUAGACUUUCCACAGAUUUUUUGUUACUUUUCAAUUACUUUAAAAGUUUUGUUUAUGGAGUUAUAAACUACAAUAUUAAAGGUGUUACACUUUAUAUCUUGAACUAAACAUAUAGAGAAAAUUGGACAUAAAUAUUUUUAAAGCUUCGCAGUUAUUGUAACAGUCGCAAUUACUGUUAAGAUUGGUGUGAUGUGAACAUAUUUAUUUUUGAAAUUUGUUAUCCUGUUUCUUUUUUUUUUUUUGGAAAUUAAUUUAAUUGUUUUUUAGUUGCAUAAACAGUUACUAUACAUAUUUAAGAUUUGGUCGAAUAUAAAUCUGAGUUAUUACGGUAUCAUAGACCCGGUGUAAUUUGUAAAUUUUUAGUGAAUACUGCUGGAGUGACAGUCCCUGGUCGGAUAUACCGUCGAGUUAACCUAAUUCUUGAUUUUGUUAUAACAGCAGGAAACAUUUCUCAUAAAUUUUUGGUGAAUACUGCUGGAGUGACAGUCCCUGGACGGAUAUAAUUAAUGCGGGUUGUCCCGGUGACGUAGAACAGACUGUCGUGGGAACGUAGACCUAAUUAUUGUUUUUGUUAUAACAGCAGAAAACAUUCGCUAUAUAUUUUCGGUGAGUACUGCUGAAGUGACAGGCCUUGGCCGUAUAUAAAUACGGAUCGUUCUGGUAACGUAGAAUAGACUGUCAUGGUUUAGCUCCGUACGCCCAGCAGUUUCGUACCCAAUUGUGUUUAGAAGCUCCGAAUACAAUUCGUGCCAUCUAACUUGUAUAUACAAUUUGUAGGUACAUACAUACAUGAACAUAUAUUCGCGGUAACGCUGAUAGUUACAUAUAUAAAUCAAAAGUAUUUAGAAAAUACUUUGAAAUCUCUACUACCACCUACAUACAUAUGUAUAUCAAAUGUAUUUGAAAAAUACUUUAAACUCUUUUUACUAUCACCCAUAUCGAAUUGUCGGCUUUGCGUUCCUUUUGGGUCCAAUCGCUUUUACCCUUAAGCUAUUAUUUAUUUUUCCCCAAUUCUUAGUUUUUACUGACUUUCUGCAGCUAAAGUGGUUCGAAUUACUCUGUGACAACCAUUUUAUAAACAAUCUAUGAUAUAUUAUAUAUUAAAGAUUUAAAAAAUAGUUAACCUGUAAGAGGUACGCUGUAUUAUUCGCAUUUUAGAAGUAAAUAAAAUUAAGUGACUGAAGAGACAUUAAUAGAAAUGGAAUAAAUCUAUUAAGGUUUUACUUCAUUUUAAUUUAUAUUUUAUUUGGAUAGCGAAGAAAGAAAAACAUAAAGAAAUAAUUUUAUGUGUAGUAGAGAGUGGCUUUAUACGUAGAAUAUGCAACAAUGUGUAAACUAAAAUUAAGCGAUUCAAAAAAUUCGGUAUUAUUAUUGAUGAUGAGGGAAAAGGCAAA